ACACACACACAAGCGCGCGCGCACACUCACACUCCAGAAAGUGACUUGUGUGCGCGCGGAGACCGGACAGAGCCGAGGCGUUAGACGGGAGCGCGAGCUGUACGGCAAUCAUCUCGAGCUGUGUGUGAUUUUUCAUUUGAGCGCGCGCCUCUGAACAUCACCAUCAGCACUGACACUAACGCACGCGCUCUGAGUGACUUCCUGCGCAAAGGAAUCAGAAGUUGUGGGUUUUCCUGGGCGGCAGCUCGGUUCCCCCCGGAGUGCGUGACAUGAAGGCAGAACUGCGGCGGAAAUCAGACAUAAGAACAGAAGUUCAUUGAGUCGCUGCAGAAAAAGGUGAACAAAUAGGCAGCGGCCAAAGUAAAUCAUCACCAUUGUCCUACUGUUCAGCUGAAAGGGGUCAUUACUAUUCUUAAAAUGUGUGAGCCCAGUCCUCCUGCGAUACAACCCCAUGCUAGUGGUAACAUAACCAUGGUGGGUGUUGGCAUCAAGCUGGAGGAGGCACUUGGAGAUGGAGACGGAGUCAGGGAGUCGCAGCAGUCCUCGCCUUCAUGCGAUUGGUCAUCGCGACUGCCAGCCGAACGAGGAGACCCUGAGAAGUCGAUGGCUUGCAGCACUCAGUCCCCUUUGACAAGUUCACCCAGGAAAGAGCACGUACACACACACAGUCCCAGCAGGCAGGAAGUUCUGAACAGGCCCAAAAGCAGGCCCGAAGCCCAGCCGAAUGUCAGCGAGGUGCUGCCAACGAUUGAGAAAAUCUUGAACGCAGACUGGAGAGAGAAGAUCUUUGGAAAGGGAUUCCAAGGCACUGCUAAUGUCAAAGGCACUCCAGAAAGCCUGGCUGAGAAGGAGCUUCAGCUGUUGCUGAUGAUUAACCAGUUGUCUGGACUGAGGGAGCAGUUGCUGGGAGCUCACUCGGAGCAGAGGAACAUGGCCGCCCUGCUCCUGGAGAAACAGCAGCAGCAGAUGGAGCUGGCUCGACAGCAGCAGGAACAGAUUGCUAAACAGCAGCAGCAGCUGAUCCAGCAGCAGCACAAGAUCAACCUCCUGCAGCAGCAGAUCCAGGUGAAGCCUCAUCAAUCCACCAUCAAUCAGAAUCGGUUUUCACAGGUGAAUUUGCCCUACGUGAUGAUCCCGGCUUUCCACCCAAACACACAGCCACUGCCCGUGUCCUCUGAUUCACAGAUGGGGCUCCCGCUUCAGCCCAUUCCCUGCAAGCCAGUGGAAUAUCCCAUGCAACUCCUCCCAAACCCUCACUCCACCCCGAUCAAACGAUCCAGUGGUACAGUCUAUCGACAGGAGACGAGUCAGCCACUGAACCUCACAGCCAAACCCAAGAGCCCCCAGAGUCUGGAUCUUCCCUCUUCCCACCUCCAGUCCACCUACAGGACUCGUGAGCUACAGCACAGUCCCCCUCGACCUGCGCUUAGCCUGGGCUUCUUGGGAGAGGGCGAUAUUGUGAGCCAAACUAUCCACGAAGCCCAGCAGCUGUUGCGAGGAGGCCAAGGUCCAGUGAGCCGAGAGAGGGACGGCAGCACAAGGCUGAACGAUUAUAAAGAAGUGUCCCGAGCUGAUCGCAUCCUCCACGCGGACCGCGCCGAGGACAGACAGCCCACACGGACGAACGACGAGCAUCUCAGUAGCGAUUCUGAAGGACAGAUCGUCUCCGGAGUCGGGGCUUACAGCGACACCCGGAGCUCGUCUUCUGGUCACAUCAAGAGACCUAUGAACGCCUUCAUGGUGUGGGCGAAGGACGAACGCCGGCGCAUCUUACAAGCCUUUCCUGAUAUGCAUAACUCAAGCAUCAGCAAGAUCUUAGGCUCACGCUGGAAGUCCAUGUCCAACCAGGAGAAGCAGCCGUACUAUGAGGAGCAGGCGCGGCUGAGCAGACAGCACCUGGAGCGUUACCCCGACUACAAGUACAAGCCCCGACCGAAGCGCACGUGCAUCGUAGAGGGCAGGCGGCUGCGCGUGGGCGAGUACAAAGCCAUGAUGAAGAGCCGCAGGCAGGAGCAGCGCACCUCGUACCCACCCGGUCAGUCAGAUCAGAAUCAGCUGCACUACUCCACAGCCGAGGCUCCGUACUCCACCAAACCCAUGUCCAUGACCCUGCCUCUACACCCUUCCCUUAUGGAGCACUACCUCCCUCGUUCCCUCGAGCCACCCCAAGCCCCACGUGGCCCAGAGGAGCCGGAUGAGCCCCGUUCCAAACCGCCAUACAGCGAGGGAGAAGAGAGCGACGCAGGAGAGCGCAGCGAGGGCGAGCUGGUAGUCCUCACUGACUGACACAAGUGAAUGGGGUGCUGUGAGGUGAAAUGUUCGGCUUUUUGGAGGCGACCUGCUCACGGAGUGAAUCUUUUGCUUUUCCUUGACUACUUUAUGCCAGCGGCGAGGACAAUGUUGAGGGACGGCUUAAUGGGGGGAAAAAAAAAAAGCUAGUUAUUUAAAAAUAAUCAAAAUAAUAAAUAUAUUUGACAGUCCUUCAGUACUGCACUUUUUUCCUUCACUGAAAAGAGCUUUAAAAGGAAAUGCAGAUGACAUCAUAGGAAGUAAUGCGCAUAUGUGCAGUAGAUGAACACUGGGAAAUCAGGCUCAGCGGUGUCGUUUACGCUAAAUCUGUCCUGUCAAUGUGUAACACUUACACCAAGAGUAACGGAGUUAACUUUAAUGGAAACGGGAGCAAACAUGCUCAUUUUGGGCCGAAUACACUGAAAUCAAUCAAAAUUCAGAUUAAACAUGCUUCAUUUACCUCAGACGCGGCCGAUCAACUGAGAUGUAUUUGAUUUAGUUUUGCACUGGAGCUACAAGGCUAAAAUCUUCUGACUUUCUGUAACGAACGAGGAGCCGGGGUGUCGCGCUUACGGCCCAAACGUACUGCUUUUAGAAUCCGUUUUCGAAAUUAAAAUGAUCUUGCAGACAAGUGAAACGUUUGAAAAUAAAAUCCACUAGGGGCAAAAUAGGGCAGUAAACUCAGGGCUAUGGACUCCGCUAGCAAGAAAAUACUAUGCUACAGCUGGAAUUAUUAUUAUUAUUUUAAAUCGGACGCAAAAGAACCAAAUUGAAGGUUUUCAGAGAAACUGAGACAGUGAAUACUUACACAAUCACCACAUUUACUUACUUUUUUUUUUUUUAUACCUUUCAGAUACAUUUUUGUGUGUCACUGAUUUACACCCCUGAUAUAGAGCAUCUUUUACUUUGCGUUUGUUCUGCCAAUAAUACUGAUCUUAAACGUCUGUCUCUAUUGAGGUAUUUCACUCACGUGACCAAGUCAUGUGAUGCUGCCAUUUUGGACGGCACGGCUGGAAUCAGUUUGAAUGCGAGGAAGGCGACAAACGAAAAACAUAAAAGAAAAAGGAGCGAGAUGCAGAAAACACCUUCACUAUCCAGCGACGUAGGGCAUUUACAGGGCGAGCAGAGGGAGAGGUAUUUGCAAAAAUUGAGGUUAGCAGGCUUAGAGAACGACGUUUACCUGCUUCCACCAGGAUUGUUCACUGACAGCUAAGAUUUGUUCACAUUUUCAUUUACUUUCGGUCCUCAGGAUAAACAAAAUGUUAUUAAAUGUCAUUGAAAUAACUUCUUAGUCUGUUGAGACAUGGCCCGUUAUAAGUUUUUCCUUUACUGUAUUUACUAGUUUACUGAGCGCGCUCCGGGUCUGGCUGGCCGGCUAGCGCUCCGGGGCUGGCUGGCUCAGUAAACUAGUAAAUCCAGUAAAGGAAAAACUUGAGACUGAAAGGUUUUAACAGUCAUCCAAAUGACUGAACGUAAACAUUGCUACAGUAACAUACCAGCUACUGUUGUUGACAUUAGCUAGCUUGCCGUCCAAAAUGGCGGACACCGGGGCGUCACGUGACCCUGUGACGUCAGGUGAAAUACCUCAAUAGCGUGCGCGACACAAGCUGCCAAAACAAGCGUUCUAGCCAAACAACCAGCUUCGCAAUUCCUACAAGUUAUUUUUGAGGAAUCGUGACAGUAAGGCAUUCAGAAAAUUGCUUUCACCUCAGACGUUGAAUGAUCAGUGGAAUCGGUGAAAAAAAUAAACAACGAGUUGGCACAGAGCAACUGGUCUACCAGUUUGACCAGCUCAGCCUGUGUGUUAGUUUUUAUUUUGAGCUGCUUGUGCCAAGCUGCGUCAAUUUUUUUCAGCAAUGAAAUCCAUGGGUGGGAUUCAUUAAAUAAGUUUACAUAUUAAAAAAAUAAAAAUAAUCUACUUUAAAAAUGUUUCCAGCAGCCUUGUUCUAAAAUGUUUGUGUAUAUAAGUGCUAAAAUCACAUGAUUACUUUUCAUUUCUAAUCAGUGUUUAAUCCUGCUGAAAUACUGAGACACUGAAACAGUGAUGUAAGAAUAUUGUCUUGGAGUUGACGACGUUUUAAAAUGUUUAAAAUAUUGUUUGUUGUUAUUACCAUUGUUAACGUCACCCACCAAGGCUUUCCGGUAAACACUUCCCCUGCCUUAAGUUAGAGUUCCUGUUCAGAGCCGAAUGCGGUACUUUCCACGCCUGGAGUGGUGAAAGAUAAAUAGUUACAGAUACUGAUCAGGGAAGGAAAAGGGAAUUUAAAAACAGUUUUUUUUUUUAAUUAUUAAAAAGUAAGCUUCGUAUUCACCACUGUAAGAGUUCUAGCCAAAAUCUGAGUGUGUGUACACUUUCAGAAACAAAAAGGUACCAAACUACUUUUCCUUGUUCUUGGCUUGGUACCAUUUGUACCUCAUGCAGUUUUAUUUAAUUCACUUGUAUGACUUUUCAUGGCUGAGCACGUUUAAGUUAAAUUAUUUAAAAAAAAAAAAAACUCAAAGAAGGUACAAAAAGAUGUACCACACCUUCAUAGUACCACAAUUCUAAAAAAAAAAAAAAAAGCAAGGAAUAAUGCAGUUUGGUACCUUUUAUUUCUGAGAAUAUCCACAAGUUGAUUGCGCCCUCUGCUGUUUUGGAGUGGUAUUGACCUCAAAUGCGUAUUAAGUCCUACCCAUGUGAGAUACACAGGGUGUGCAGAAAAAUGCACUUUGAGAGAGAGAAAGGGAAAAAAAAGCAAAAUGAGCACCUAUAUAAUGUAAAAAUAUACACGUCUAUAAACCUGAGCGGUAUCAAUAACCGUUCUAAAGGAAUGUGAGCAGUAAUGCAUCUGGCUCCAUCUUGCUUUGUCCCCAUCAUUCCGUUUGGUGGGUGUGGGUGUGUAUACACACCCUGUAGCGUGGGCUUGCGUUUACGUUUAUAACUAUUUGAUUUCUUGAAUGAUCAUUCCACCUCACAGCUCAUGACCAUGCCAGCUAUUUGACACUUAUAACUGCCUUUUUAAUGCUUUUUUUUUUUUUUAAGCUGAAAUGAGAUUGAGGAAUAAAACAAACAGAGAAUGGUCUAUCAUUAGCUGGCAUAUAAAACAAACAUGCUGGAAUUGUGUACAUAAUUUAAAAUAGAAAUGGAUACAGUUUGUAUCUUACCUGUAAAAUCAGAUUUUAGGGGGAAAGUUAUGAAUUGAAUAGUGUUGGGGGAGAGAAAAAAAAUCAGCUGUUGUAAAUAUAGAUUAUAGACUUUUUUUUUAAAUAAAAGUGUAUAAGUUAAAAGGUGUAUAUUUUCCCUGUAUGUUUUUGUUUUGAGGUUUUAAUAAAAUAAUUGUUCCUUUUUUGCAGUCA